AUGGACCUUCAGCUUCGAAGGUCCGGCCAAAAAGCCGCUGAUGAGCUCAUCAAUGAGAUUCGGCAGAACCGCAAAGAGAGCGUCGAAAUGCAGGCGGCCCAGCAGCUCGAGUCCCGCCGACACCAGAAACUCGUCGAUGAGGCCAAAAAGCAAGGCUCCGAAGUUGCUGAUAAGGCAGGCAUGGCCGCCAAGCUUGCCCGACAGUUUAUGUCGAAUAUGAUCGUUGACAUUAGUGAUAUCAAGAUCUCGAUCGCAGAGCCUGAUGAAACCCAAGCAGUCGUCGCGGCAGAGUUGAAGGCCAUCUUCGCACAGGCGGCAAACGACGAGGAGUUCGUUCAUGGCUCAAAGUAUGAGUUAGUUAGAGACAUACAUCGUGCGAAGACGACGGAUGCCCUGAAGGCGGGCGGCGAUGAGGACAAAGAGUUCAAUCAUCCAGGAUCGGGAGCAGCGAGAGCAAGUCUGACUGGAGCAGAUCAAGCAUGGGCAGCAUGGGUCACGUUCUUCGAGUUGGAAUUCGCCGAUGCGGACAUUUCAAAGGUUGUUCAGUCUGGGCAGCCAGGCUACAGGCCACAGGUGGCUCGCUGGGUUAUUCUUAUUUUGCCUUAUGAGAUUGGCUUCAAGGGCUUCUUGGUCACUUGCGGCUUUGGAGACGAUGUGGACACGCUGGCGCGAUGUUCUGAAAAGAGACUUCGGGAGCUUUGGAGUUUGCUUGGGAUCACCUGCCGGUACGGAGUGUCUUUGCAGCUGUUGCAGAUCCUCUUCAACCAGCAAGACCAGCACACCAUCGUGUCGUUGAAGUUCGGUGAGGAGGGUUCUGCGGACUUUGUGCGUGCAUCCUCGGACCAACUCCGAGCCCUUGUGACGAUUAACACGUGCUUGAACCGAGAGUCGACGCGGCUGCAG